AACGGCGUGUAUACUGUAUUGUGUAAAUGUAAACUGGAGUAACUCGGCAACUGGCUAACAACCGGUUACGUUGAUAGAAAGAAAUAAGAUUUUAGUAUUGUAAAAAACUGAUAUUUUUUUUAUUACUUGUCGUGCAAAGUGUACAUCUAUUCUGAACGUCUGUGCACGCGGUAUCUAUCGCUACAUUAAUUUUCCUGCAUCCCAAAGUUUGGAGGCCAAAGGAGACGCGGAUAACCUAACCCUAACCUGUACCUUCCAAAAUGAGCAAGUACAGCCGGUACAGGCGGGAAGAGUCCUCGAGCGAGGAUACGGACAGCGAGGAGGAACGUCGCAAGAAGGAUAUCAAGGAGAGAGACAGCUUUGCCAGCCGUCUCAGGGAGAAAGAUGAAAGUAAAAGACGUAACGUUGCCACGCUCCCCGGUUCCGGCGCUGCCGAGGCGGCAAAGAGGCUUAAAAUUAUGGAGACCGACGCGAAGGAUAAGCUGAUACCAAAAUUGAGAGUUGAGUCUCGUAGGAAAUACUUGGAGAAACGUAAAGAGGACAAAGUCGCAGAGCUGGAGGCCGACAUCCUCGACGACGAAUAUCUAUUUGACGACAACGUUUUAACAGAAAGAGAAAAGCAUGAACGAUCCCAUAAGAAGCAGCUGUUGCACUUGGCAAAGGAGCAUGAGAAGGCGAGGGAACUCGAGCGUAUGCAACGCUAUCACAUGCCUCUUGAGAAGGGCAAGACGGAGCAAGAACCUGACACGACAACGGACAAGGAACCGCCGCAGUCGGAGCAAAGCAAGUGGGAGUCUGAUCAGAUGUCGUCAGCUGUUUUUCGUUUUGGCGCCAAGGAUAGGAAAGCUCAACAAGAAUACAAUCUCCUCAUGGAGGACGAGAUGAUAGAGUUUGUUCAGGUGCUGCAUAUGCCCGGGCAAGAUAAGAAACGCGAGGAGAGUCCGCCCCCGCAUGUCAAAAGUUUGCAGACGAUACAGGAGACGAAGAAGAGUUUGCCUAUUUAUGUCUUCAAGAAGGAUUUGAUACGGGCCAUCAAAGAUCAUCAGGUUUUAAUAAUAGAAGGUGAGACGGGCUCAGGGAAGACAACGCAGAUUCCUCAAUAUCUGUACGAAUCUGGAUUCGCGGACGACGGUAAGAUUAUUGGAUGCACCCAGCCGCGGCGUGUAGCUGCCAUGUCGGUGGCCGCGAGGGUCGCCCACGAAAUGGCCGUUAAGCUGGGCAACGAGGUCGGCUACGCUAUUCGUUUCGAGGAUUGCACGUCACAGCGUACCCGUAUCAAGUAUAUGACUGACGGUACAUUGCACCGGGAGUUCCUCAGUGAACCUGACUUAGCGUCGUACAGCGUAAUGAUAAUCGACGAAGCGCACGAACGUACUUUGCAUACCGACAUUUUAUUUGGACUGGUGAAAGACAUCGCGAGGUUUCGUCCCGAUUUGAAGCUGCUAAUAUCGUCGGCUACAUUGGAUGCUACGAAGUUCAGUGAAUUCUUCGACGACGCUGCUAUAUUCAGGAUACCCGGACGUCGCUUUCCCGUCGACAUUUAUUAUACAAAAGCGCCGGAAUCAGAUUAUAUUGAGGCGUGUGUAGUUUCCAUUAUUCAGAUUCACGUAACGCAAUCGUCGGGUGACAUAUUGGUGUUCUUGACUGGGCAGGAGGAAAUCGAGACGUGUCAGGAAAUGUUGCAAGAGAGAGUGAGAAGGUUAGGGAGCAAAUUGGCAGAACUUUUGAUUUUACCUGUUUACGCGAAUUUACCGAGCGAUAUGCAGAUAAAAAUAUUUCAACCUACUCCACCUGGCGCGAGAAAGGUUGUACUGGCGACCAAUAUAGCGGAGACUUCAUUAACUAUAGACAACAUAGUAUACGUAAUAGAUCCUGGUUAUGCGAAGCAGAACAAUUUCAAUCCACGCACCGGCAUGGAGAGUUUAAUCGUCGUGCCGAUCAGCAAAGCGUCCGCGAAUCAGAGAGCGGGACGCGCGGGAAGGGUAGCACCUGGGAAGUGCUUCCGUUUGUACACAGCUUGGGCUUAUCAGCACGAGCUUGAAGAUAACACCGUUCCUGAAAUUCAACGGAUUAAUUUGGGUAACGCGGUGCUUACUUUGAAAGCUCUCGGGAUCGACGAUUUGAUGCACUUCGAUUUCUUGGAUCCCCCACCGCCCGAGACACUGAUUUUGGCGAUGGAACAGCUGUACGCACUGGGUGCGUUGAAUCAUCGCGGGGAACUAACGAAACUCGGACGUAGAAUGGCCGAGUUCCCGCUGGAUCCGAUGAUGGCGAAGAUGCUGUUAGCCAGCGAGAAGUAUCGCUGCUCGGAAGAGAUAGCUACUAUCGCGGCCAUGCUUUCGGUGAACGGCGCUAUCUUUUAUCGGCCGAAGGACAAAAUUAUACACGCGGAUGCUGCACGCAAGAAUUUCCACGUGCCCGGCGGCGAUCAUCUGACUCUCCUUAACGUGUACAAUCAAUGGGCACAGAGCGACUUCAGUACACAUUGGUGUUACGAAAAUUUUAUACAACACAGAUCUAUGAAACGGGCUCGGGAUGUUAGAGAACAAUUGGUAGGCUUGAUGCAGCGUGUCGAAAUGGAAUUGGUCUCGGGAAUUGCAGAAACAGUCAACAUUAGAAAGGCCAUUACAGCCGGUUAUUUUUAUCACGUGGCACGUUUAUCGAAGGGAGGCUGUUACAAAACUGCUAAGCAUAAUCAACAAGUCGCGAUACACCCAAAUAGCUCUCUAUUCCAGGAUCUUCCGCGUUGGCUUCUUUAUCACGAACUCGUGCUCACUACGAAGGAAUUUAUGCGUCAGGUGACAGAAAUUGAAAGCAAAUGGCUGCUCGAGGUGGCACCUCAUUAUUACAAGCCCAAAGAAAUAGAAGAUUCAACGAACAAAAAGAUGCCGAAAGUUGCGGGCAGAUCACGACCAGAUGGAACGAAUUAAACAUUUGGUAAUAUAUCUCAACUGUGAUAUUAAAUUAUAUUUUUUUGUAUAUAUGUUUUUAUACAAUGUAUAAAUACAAAGAAUUAUUACUCACCUGAA